AUGACAAUCUCAGCAACGAGUCCAAGCCCAUCGAUCGUGGCAUUUGGCGAGAUGCUCAUCGAUUUUGUGCCUGACAUGGCUGGAGUUUCCUUGGCUGAGUCUACUGCUUUCCUCAAAGCACCCGGCGGUGCUCCUGCCAAUGUUGCUUGUGCCAUUACUAAGCUUGGCGGCAACUCUGCCUUCAUUGGCAAGUUGGGAGAUGAUGAGUUUGGGCACAUGCUAGUAGAUAUCUUGAAGAAGAACGAGGUGAACACAGACGGUGUGUGUUUUGAUCCGGAUGCCAGAACUGCACUGGCAUUUGUGACUCUGAAGAAGAACGGGGAGAGGGAGUUCAUGUUUUAUAGAAAUCCUAGUGCGGACAUGCUUCUAAAAGAGUCCGAGCUAAACAUUGGUCUCAUCAAGCGGGCCAAGAUCUUCCAUUAUGGAUCCAUAAGCCUGAUAUCUGAGCCAUGCAGGUCGGCACACAUUGCAGCCAUGAAAGCUGCUAAGGAAGCCGGCAUAUUGCUUUCAUAUGAUCCAAACGUGCGGCUACCUCUGUGGCCUUCUGCUGAUGCUGCUAGAGAUGGAAUCAAGAGUAUCUGGGAUCAAGCUGAUUUCAUCAAGGUAAGCGAUGAAGAGGUUCAAUUCCUAACCGACGGAGAUCCCGGCAAAGAAGAUGUCGUUCUGAGGCUAUGGCACGAUAACCUCAAGCUGCUCGUCGUUACCGAUGGAGAGAAGGGAUGUAGAUACUUCACUAAGAGCUUCAAAGGAAAGGUGGCUGGGUUCUCGGUGAAUACUGUCGACACAACUGGUGCUGGGGAUGCUUUUGUUGGUGCUCUUUUGGUUUCCUGCAUGGCGAAUGAUUCUAUUAGCUGCAUCUUUCAUGAUGAAGGAAAACUGAGGGAGGCGUUGACAUUUGCAAAUGCUUGUGGAGCAAUUUGUACUACAAAGAAGGGAGCAAUUCCAGCUCUUCCAUCCACCUUCCAAGCUCAUGAGCUCAUUAACAAGUCUAAGGCCUAA